AUGGCCGAAAGUAUAAUCUAUGAAGAUACUCCUUUUGCCGAUUAUCUUGCCGAAAUCGGUAGCAAAGAAGAGUUAGAAAAACAACCCGAGUUGUUUGAACUUGAAAGGCAGUUUUCACAGCACAGCGAGGUUCAAAUGACGUUUUUCACGGAGCUUACAUAUAAUAUUAUCGAGUAUUUCAAGGAAGCAUUCUCAACGGCUCUUCCGAUACAAGAAGAAAACCAGUUCGAAGAGCGCUUUAAAUAUUUAUUAUGCACAUCACACCUUUUAAACGAUACAUUGUCAAUUUACUUUUAUGACAGCAAAAAACCCAGCAUAGUAGAACUUAGAGAAGCUGGUUUAUAUGCCGGUGGACUUUCGCGAAGGAAUUUUGAAGUUCUUUUCAGUGCAGUGAUUGGAUUAACGAUUGUAUUCUUGACAUGGUUAAUUCAUGAUGUAGAAGCCAAAGAUCUAAAAACAACAAUGAUUCGUUUACCUGCUGCGUUCCUAUUGGCUAUGUUUGCUUCCUUUUUCUUAUAUCGUCGUAUGCGACGAAAAGCUGUCAAGACAUUAUAUAACUCCGCAUUACAUUACAUGGAAGCACUCGUGUACAAUUGUCAAGCUCUCGAUUUAAAAAUGAAUAAAGCGUUGAUUAUGAUUCAAGAGAUCGAGCUAGUGUCUCGUGGUUAUAGAUUAUCAAUGCCAUUGUCUCCGAUAUCUCGUAUAGAACAAAAUUCUAAGAAUCGACGUUGUCUUGCGCUUCGGGAGACUGUAUAUAAUAUUCUUCAAGAAGCUUUUUUAACUUAUCGUAACGCUAUAGUAGUUAUGCAGCCAGAAAUUUCAAAACAUAAUUUGAAUAUUAUGUAUAACAUGUAUAAUAUCAUUCCAAGUAAUGAGGAUGAUGAGUGGAUUAUGGAAGAAGAAAAUGAUAUGCAUUCUUUGGAAAUUUUGAAAUUGUGUUUUCAGAAAAUGCAUGCAAAACGUAGGGAGUGUCUGUGUCAUUUCCUUGCGUUAGAUGUAAUGACACCGGGAAGAGAUUCACAUCGUAGAGAUUAUGAAAGUCAUUGGGCGGCAGUUAAUAAUCACUUAAAUAAUUUGAGCAUAGUCACCGGACUUUUCUUGGAAAGAGUUAUUGUUGCUUCUGCUAGUGAAUUAUAUUCCAUUCCGUCACCUAAACAAGAUUUUAUGUCCCAACCAUCUCCCGCAAUUAUCACUAAUAAAUCUCUCAAGUCUUAUCUUCAUCGCCUUGCAUGUGUAGAGCAACAUAUUCGUGGCGUUCAAGCCAAAUUAUACAUUUGUAAUGAAGAUGCUCAAUGGGAAGAAGGAAAGAAAGUGUUGAAGGAGAUGAUGGAUCCAACACCGACAGACUCUGAUUCUCUUGGGUCACGACAGUCUCUAAUUGAAGAUCUUGAACCCCCAAGAGAUUCGAGUGAAGAUGUAGGAAAUAAGUCUGAAACGCCUCUCAUUGAUUGGACACAGGCCGAUGAACCAUUGGACGUACCAGCACAAGUAUUUGAAGCAGAGGCUGAACCAGAAGUCAUAAUAAAGAGAUUAACGAGAGAAGAAAGGAUCGCAAUUCAAAAAACCAAGAGAUUACAAGAGUCAAAGGUAAGAUCCGCACGUCAGGACACCGAACGUAUGGUACAUGAGUUGAAAGAUGUAUUAGUACGGCGGAAGCCUAGGAAUUAUCAAAGUGAAACGCUAAACACUUUAGAAGAUUCCGAACGGAUACAGUUGCACGGUUCCCGUGUUGUUAUGUAA